AUGAACGCAACACAUACGGGCGACGAUGGCUUCGGCGGCGAGGCCGUCAUGGACGCUCUCCGCGCCAAUAAGCUUGCGGUGGUCCUCCUGACUCCCGCCAUCACGUUUUGGAUCUGGUCGAUUGGCUCGUACCUCAAUUCUCCCCUACGGCGGUAUCCAGGUCCGUUCCUCGCCCGAUGGACAAACAUCUGGCGCCUUCUCCAAGUCAUCUCUGGCGAGUACGCGCCGCGGAUGAAGAAGCUCCACGAGAAGUAUGGACCGAUCGUGCGACUGGGCCCGAAUCUCCUUGACCUUGACUUGCCUGAGCUGAGCCGUGUCAUCUACAACACCGACGGAAAAUGGAUGAAGAGCGACUUCUACAAGAACAACAGUGCUAUCGUGGACGGCAAGAUCACCUAUCAUCUCUUCAGCCAAGUCGACAACGUCGAACAUGCGCGCCUGAAGCGUCCCAUCGUCAGGCAUUACUCCGUGCCCAGCGUGCUGGCAUUGGAGAAGCACAUGGACAAAGUGAUCAAUGACUUGUGCGGCCACCUGGAGAAACGAUUCAUUGAUCAAAACAAGACUUGCGAUUUCGGUGCUUGGCUGGCUUACUAUGCGUGGGACUUCAUUAGCGCCGUGACCUUCAGCAAGCGUUUCGGAUACAUGGAGAAGGGCUGCGACUUUGACGGCACGCUGCACAUCGCCGAUCAGGCGAUUGACUAUCUGGGCAUUGUCGGCCAGAUGCCCUUCCUGGACUUUUGCCUCGACAAGAACCCCAUCGUCCGUAUCGGUCCCCCGAACCUCGACAACGUCGCCCGCAUUGCUGUCGAAGCGCUGUUCCCUCGUCUGAAGGGCGAGGACAAGAACUUUGACCCCAAGAACCCCGACUUCUUGCAGUAUUUCAUCGACUCGAAGACGUCGCACCCCGAGGUCGUCGAUGAUGGUACCAUCAUCAACUACUUGCUAUUGAACUUGAUCGCCGGUGCUGAUACCACUGCCAUCACGAUGCGUGCUCUCUUCUACUACACCCUCCGAAACCCGGCCAUCUGGAACCGCCUCGUCUCGGAAGUCCGCGCCACCGACAUCGUCACCCGCGAGACCCCGGCACCAUACCAGGCCGCUCGUGCCAUUCCGUACCUCGAGGCCGUCGUGCGUGAGACACUGCGGAUGCACCCGGCCGUCAGCAUGACCAUGGAGCGCAUCGUCCCCACCGCGGGCCUCAGCCUGCCGGACGGCUCCACCGUCCCCGCGGGGACCCAGGUCGGCAUGAACCCGUACAUCGUCGGCCGCAACCGCGACGUCUUUGGCGACGACGCCGAGGUCUACAGGCCCGAGCGGUGGCUGCAGCGCGCCGACGAGCCCGACGACGUCUUCCAGGAGCGCAUGCGCGACUGGAACGCCGCGGAGCUCACCUUUGGCGGCGGCUCGCGCAUCUGCCUCGGCCGGAACCUGAGCCAGAUGGAGGUGUACAAGGUCGUGGCCACGGUCGUGACGAGGUAUGACUUCGAGAUGGUGAACCCCGAGAGGACGUGGAAGACUGUCUCGCGGUGGUUCUAUCGCGUCGAGAAUGGCAACAUCAUGGUCAACCUCCGUCGGCGAAGUGGUUUCUAG